AUGGACUUGGUACCAGCACCGAGCGGGGAGACCCCGGUGAAGUCGCCUGUGGUCGAAGUGGAGGCCGUCGACAUCGUGGAGCAGGUCGACGCGGAGACGGUCUCGCUGGAGGAGGCAUCGUCCGAGUUUGAAACCGACAGCGAUGAUUCAGAGGACUGGGACACUCUGUCUCAUGGCGAGGACACAAUCCAGUUUUUGCGCGAUGAGCAGCUCCGCGAUGGGCUUGUCCCCGGCGCCUGUACCCUGGAAGAAGCCGUCGCAUACCGGCAGCGCCUUCAUGAUAUUGGCAAAGCGGCAUUCGUGGACGAGACCAUCGUGCGGGAGACUGUGACGGCGAAGAAGCUAUGUACGGCAUUUGGAAUCAUGCCACCAGCCUUCCUGGAGGGUGCGCCGGACAAGGCCUUCCAUCCGCUACUGGCAGUCGCGUUAUCACGAGAGUUCUCUCGGCGACCGAAGCUUCCUCAGUACAACUCCAUCGACGACGCCGUAAAGCUGUUACGGGAGUCCAAGAAUAUCAUCGUGUUGACGGGCGCAGGUAUUUCGACGAGCCUUGGCAUUCCCGACUUCCGUUCAAAAGACACCGGACUCUACUCGAAAUUGGAGCAUCUGGGCUUGAGCGACCCUCAGGAGGUUUUUGACAUCCACGUCUUCCGAGAGGACCCUAGCAUUUUCUUCUCCAUUGCUAAGGAUAUCCUCCCGACGGAGAAGAAAUUCUCCCCUACUCAUGGAUUCAUCAAACUCUUGCAGGACAAGGGAAAGUUGUUGACUAACUAUACCCAGAACAUUGACAAUAUCGAGGCGAACGCCGGGGUCCUGCCGGAGAAUAUUGUGCAAUGCCACGGAUCUUUCGCCACUGCCACCUGUGUCAAGUGCAAUAUCAAGGUCCCUGGCGAUGCGAUCUUCAGUGAUAUCAAAGAAGGCAAUAUUCCGGAGUGCACUGCUUGUCACGAGGCGAUCGCCCAAGAAGCGCUGAGACCGCAAGGGCUGAAGCGGAAACGCAGCUCGAAUGGACAGCAGAAAGAUCGCAAGGAGUAUGAAGAUAGCUCGGAUGAAGACGACUAUGAGAUUCCCACUCCCGGUGUGAUGAAGCCCGAUAUCACUUUCUUUGGCGAGGAUCUUCCUGAUGAGUUUGGCCAGCGCCUGAUUCAUCAUGAUCGAGAACUGGCGGACCUAGUCAUUGUCAUUGGGACCUCGCUCAAGGUAGCCCCCGUUGCCGAAGUGCCGGGAAUUCUGCCGCGCCAUGUCCCCCAGAUCUAUAUCUCCCGUACACCGGUGUCCCACACGGGCUUCGACAUUGAUCUGCUGGGAGAUUGCGACGUGGUAGUUUCAGAGCUUUGCCGCCGGGUCGGCUGGAAUUUGCAGCACCACAUGAUACCGGCAGAUGAGAAAGUAGAGAUUAUUCGCUUAGAGGGACACCAGUCACGAUAUUUGUUUAAGGUGGUUGGCGCAUAG